AUGCGCCUCCAACCACCUUCUGGGACUGGUACCCCGGUCAUCGAGAGUGCAAACACGCCUGCGCAAGAAACCCCCGAUCCCGUCGGUACAGACAUCGGCGAUGCACCCAAACGAAUGGCCAUUAUCGGAAUGUCCUGCCGCCUCCCAGGAGAAGUUACCACGGCCGAUGAAUUCUGGGAGAUGUGCUCGAGAGGCCGAAGUACGUGGUCUAAAUUCCCCAAGAACCGAUUCAAUGGCGACGCCUUCCAGCACCCCAGCGCAGACCGACCAGGGUCCUUCACACCCGAAGGUGCGCAUUUCUUGAAGGAAGAAGUUGGUCUAUUUGACGCACCUUUCUUCAAUAUAACACUCCAAGAAGCGCGAUCGAUGGACCCUCAGCAGCGCAUCAUGCUCGAAUGUGUAUAUGAAGCCCUUGAGAAUGCCGGUAUACCAAACCACGAGGUUAGCGGUCAAAGAGUGGGAGUGUUUGCGGGAUCUUCAUUUCCAGACUACGAAAUAAACAACAUGAGAGACGUUGAAGUGAUUCCGAUGUACGCUUCCACUGGAACGGCGGUGGCGUUGCAAGCGAACCGGGUAUCCUAUUAUUUCGACUUGACUGGGCCUAGCAUUGCGGUGGACACGGCCUGCUCAUCCAGUCUGUCUGCGCUGCAUCUGGCAUGUCAGAGUAUCCGAAAUGGCGAAUGCUCAACGGCAAUUGUUGGAGGAUGUCAUCUGAAUCUGGUCGCAGAUGCUUUCAUCGCAAUGACACGCAACAGACUCCUCGCAGGCAGUGGUCGAUCAUAUGCAUUCGACAACCGUGCUACUGGGUUUGGACGAGGUGAAGGUGCCGGAUGUAUUAUAUUGAAAUCCGUGGAGGAUGCAGAGGCUGCUGGUGAUACGAUCCGAUCUAUUAUUGUGAAUACUGGCAUCAACCAAGACGGACGCACAUUGGGUAUCGCGAUGCCCAGUGGCGAGGCCCAGGAGACUUUGAUUCGCCAGGUUUAUAAAGAAGCACGCAUUGACCCGUCCAUGACUGGGUAUGUCGAGGCCCACGGCACUGGUACUAAAGUCGGAGAUCCUCUCGAAGCUACUGCGCUGAACGCCGUCUUUGGAAAAGGACGAACAGCCAGACAGCCAUUGCUCAUUGGAUCUGUUAAAUCAAAUAUCGGUCAUCUUGAAGGAUCGAGUGGUGUUGUGGCGGUAAUAAAAACUGUCCUCGCACUUGAGCGUGGCUUUGUGCCCCCUAACUGCAAUUUUGAGAAAUGCAACGAAGAGAUUCCCAUGGAUCAGUGGCACAUGAAGGUGCCCAAGAAAUUGACGCCUUGGCCUCGAGGCAAGCCGUACGCUAGCAUCAACAACUUCGGAUUUGGUGGUACCAACGCCCAUGUCAUUCUUGAGCGAGUGGGUCGACACGAGGGUGACGGCCUGGUCAACGAUGACCCCCUCAAGCGAAAACUGUUUGUUGCAUCUGCUUUCGACAAGCAAGCUGCCAUCCAGAUGGGCAAGGAUCUCGGUUCGUAUGUAGACCUCCAUCCCACAGCCUUUGACGACAGACUAUUGGACAAGAUGGCCUACACUUUGGGCCAACGACGAAGCUUCUUCCCGUGGCGCAUUGCUGGCUCAGCGGAGCUUUCCCAAGAUCUUACCACAUUGCUGUCCAUGAAUGCCGUGCCUGUCCGUUGCUCGAAAGAGCCGUCAGUGGGCUUCGUCUUCACAGGACAAGGUGCUCAAUGGCAUGGCAUGGGAAAGGAGCUUUUGGGAUCCUACCCUAUUUUCGAGCAGACAAUGAAAAAUGUGGAUGCUUGUCUCAAGUCGCUGGGAGCCACCUUCUCAAUUACGGACGAACUGCUCUUGGAAAAUUCGAGUAAAAGCUGCAUCUCUGCUGCAUACAUGAGCCAACCGGCAUGUACUGCAAUUCAGCUCGCCUUGGUAGAUUUGCUAUCAUCAUGGGGAAUUCGACCUAAAGCAGUCGUCGGCCAUUCGAGUGGAGAAAUUGCAGCUGCUUAUUCUGCAGGCAUCCUUACCCUUGAAGAAUGUGUUCGCGUUGCAUACUCUCGAGGUGUAGCUGCAGACCUUGUUGCCAAGGACAAAACGAUCAAAGGAGGUAUGUUGGCUGUUGGGGCAUGUGCGUCCGACAUUCAACAAAUCUUGAACGCCAUGCGUGGUAACCGUGCAGUCAUAGCGUGUGUCAACAGUGAAUCCAGUGUGACACUGUCUGGUGACGCCGAAGUCAUCACCAGCCUGCAGACUGCGCUGGACAAAGAAGGUGUCUUCACCAGACGUUUGCUGGUGGACGUCGCCUAUCACUCCCACCACAUGCAGACAGUGUCGCAACAGUAUCGAUCAUUGCUGGGCAAAAUCGCGCCUCGGGACUCUGAUGUGCCUUUCCACUCCACCGUUUAUGGAAAACUGGUCCCUGGAAGCAUCCUUGAUGCUUCCUACUGGGUCGAGAACUUGAUAUCACGUGUGGAAUUCGUCGAGGGGCUGAAGAGUGUCUUGACCCAUCAAGGAACCGACAGUCCAAUCGACACUUUGAUCGAACUAGGCCCCCACCCAGCUCUCCAAGGACCAGUCAAGCAAAUUGCAGAGAUUCACGCCCCGAAGACAAAAGUUCAAUACCACCAUACCCUGAAGCGCAAAGUUGAUGCAAUUGAGGCAGUUCAAAACAUGGCUGGCUCCUUGUUCACUCAGGGCAUGUCUCUCAACUUCCAGGCUAUCAACUUCCCAACUUACCACACACUCCAGCGAAAGCCUACUGUCUUGAAUAACCUCCCAACUUAUCCCUGGAACCACACAGAGCGGUACUGGUUUACCUCCCGCCUUGCAGACAACCUUUAUCAUCGCCAAUUUCCUAAGAAUGAUAUUCUGGGCUCCCUGACCCCAGAGGGUGUCGACUUCGAGCCUCGAUGGAGAAACAUCAUCCGUGCGGAUGAUCACCCUUGGAUCCGGGAGCACAGAGUGCAUGGCACAAAUGUGUAUCCUAUGACUGGUUUCCUUGCAAUGGCCAUGGAGGCCAUUUCUCAACACGCCCAUAUCCAUCAUAUCGUUCCCGGAAAGAUCGAUAUUCGUGAUAUCUUCAUCACCCGCGUUCUAGCAAUCCCAGACACAUCGUCUGUGGAGACCAUGUUUAGCCUCAAGCCAUGUCGCGCAGAGGCACCCAGUAAAUCUGUCCUCGGCUGGCACGAGUUCAAGGUUUUCUCAUGGGCAGAGGGUCGAGGUUGGGAUCAGCACUGCAAUGGUUUUAUUAUGGUACAAGAAUUCAAAGAGGUCAACCCUGUUGACGGCACCCGCCAACAGCUUGAGCAUACGGCUCGCUUCACCCACCAAGCACUAGAGAUGCGUCAUGCGUGUACUGUACCUGUUGACAGCGAGGUCCUUUAUGAAAACAUCUCCAACGGUGGCGUUCAGUACGGUCCCAUUUUCCAAGGACUGAAAGAUGUUUCUGUUAGCAAGACCGAUCAAGCCAUGGCGAAGAUUUGUGUUCCUGAUACGAAAGCCGCCAUGCCUCACCAACACGAGUCCGCAUGUAUUGUUCAUCCCGUUACCCUUGAUCUUUGCAGCCAGGUCAUGUGGGUACUCCGUGGUUACGGACAGCCAGGAACGCAGGUAACCCAUGUACCGUCACAUCUCAAACAGGUAUCAGUCUCUUUGAGCCAGGAGAUUAACGCUGGCACGGUUCUCCAACUGUACGGCGAGCGAUUUGGUGACGAAUCAGCCAGCAACCCACACAGCAACCGUAUCUUCGCGACCGAUCCUAACAAUUCCGCCAACAUGCUCAUCGACAUCAAAGGCCUCACACUCGUGCCCCUCUCUAAUGACAUAAAAGGAUCCAAGGACAGCUCCCCUGAUCAGAUAUGCUAUAAGUUAGACUACGAGCCCUGCUUCGAUUUCCUCUCCGCAGAGGAAUACCACCACCUCCCUCGUCCCCAAACUGACUUCACCGAGGGUUUCAAGCGCAUGGGUGAAUUGGAACUGGUAGCAGAGCACUACCUGCGACAGAUGCUUAAGUCUGUCCCAGAAAAUGAGCUCUCUAGCCUCAAACCCCACCAUCAGCAAUUCUACCGAUGGGCUCAGAGUACAAUCAAAGAGGUCGGACCGGCAGACGCUUUGCCGUUUGAAGUUCUAGAACGCAACCGUGCAGCGAAUGGAGCUGGGGCGCUGGCUUUCAAAGUUGGUGAAUUGCUGCCUCAAAUUCUGAGAGGCAACACCGAUGCCUUGACUGUGCUGCUGGAAGAUGAUGGAAUUGGUGCCCACUACCGUGAUCUGGAUGCUCUCCACGAAGCUUAUGCCAAUGCAUUUGUAUGCAUGGAUAAAAUGGGUCAUCAAAACCCCGAACUCAACAUCAUCGAGAUCGGCGCCGGUACGGGCGGUGCGACCGCACCUAUUCUGAAGAGUCUGGGCGGGGGCGAGCCGGGAUCUACGCCCCGCUUCGGCCACUACACCUACACGGAUAUCUCGCCUGGAUUCUUCGAGAAGGCAAAGAACAAGUUCGAGAACUGGGACCAUCUCAUGACAUAUCGAACCCUGGAUAUCUCGGCUGACCCCACGGGUCAGGGAUUCCAAAAUGGGGUUUACGACGUUGUUGUUGCUUGUAAUGUGCUCCAUGCCACAUCGGAUAUCGGCCAAACCAUGGCAAACAUCCGGGGCCUGCUGAAACCUGGUGGUAAGGUUUUGCUCAUUGAAGAGACUCUUUCUAAGGCUCGUCACUUCCCCUUCGCCCUCCUCCCUGGAUGGUGGCUGGCAAGUGAUAAGUUCCGCGAAGCAGGCCCACUUCUAACCGUCAACGGUUGGGAUGCUGUUCUGAAGGAGACGGGAUUCUCUGGACUCGACCUCUGUCUCGAGGAGUAUCCAGGAGCUCCUUUCCAGGCCGGAUGUUUGAUGACAUCCACAGCAAGUGCCCCGACGAUAGGCCCUGCCAAUCCCGGUGAGAUUGUCAUCCUCGGGACAGACGCCAUAGGAAGCAUGUCUGCUCUGACCUUGGAAGUAGGCCUUCAGGACAUGACAGGUGUAUCACCAAUUACUGCUGCUGAUUCUGAUGCGGUUGAUGUGACUGGGAAAUGGUGCGUUUUCCUGGGGGGAAUGGAUCGCUCAAUCUUGUCACACAUGACGGCAGAGAGAUUCCAGGCCCUUCAACGACUCCUCAGCCAAGCCCGUGGUCUCCUGUGGGUUGUUCGACACACCAAGACUGACCUGGAGUCUUUGGGCGCAAAUAUGGCAAUCGGUCUAGCCCGCACCGUACGAUCUGAGACAGGUCUGCAGUUUGCUACACUCGAUCUGGGAGAGCGGGAGAGCAUGCCCGAUGUGCAAGCAGUGGAGCAUAUGCUCAAGGUUUUCAACGGCGUGUUUUGCCAGAAGUCCCAGCUCACCCAGAAUGACUGGGAGUUUGUGGUUCGCGAUGGAAAUGUUUGCGUUCCCCGCCUAGUUGACAACAAUGCCCUGAAUGCGAGUGUCCAACAGGAGACACCAGAUGCUCCUUCUGAAUUGCAACCCUUCAAGCAAGAUCGUGCUUUGCGACUCGCUCCUGGAGAAGGAAGAGGCCUCGAUGAGAUGUACUUCACUGAUGAUGUUUCUCGCAAUGCGCCUCUUCCCGAUGACCAGAUCGAGAUCCAAGUCUACAGUACGGGCCUCAACUUCAGAGACGUUUUGAUGGCCAUGGGUCAGCUCCAAGGUGACCGCCUCGGACAAGAAUGCAGUGGUAUAGUGACCAAGGUGGGAGCCGCAGUUAGAUACUUCAGGGAAGGAGAUCGGGUCUGUGCCAUGUCUCCUGGAUCGUUGUCAACCUUCACACGAUGCCCAGCAACCAGCGCCUGGGUUAUUCCCAACCAGAUGCCAUUCGAAGUAGCAGCUUCCGUUCCUGCUGUUUUCUGCACCGCUUACUACUCCCUCAUUGAUCUUGGUCGUCUCGCUCGGGAUGAGACCGUUCUCAUCCACGCUGCCGCAGGAGGUGUUGGCCAGGCCGCCAUCAUUAUUGCGCAGAGCAUUGGGGCCAAGAUACUCGCCACUGUUGGCAGUGUUGAGAAGAAACACUUCUUGAUGAGAACCUACGGUCUCGAGGAAGAACAAAUAUUCUUUAGCCGUGACAUUUCUUUCGCGCAAGGUAUCCUGGCCGCUACGCAUGGCGAGGGUGUUGACGUCGCGCUCAAUUCUCUCAGUGGUGAUGCUUUGCAGGCUACAUUCGAAUGUAUUGCACCAUUUGGAAGAUUCAUCGAGCUAGGCAAGCGAGACAUCACGACGAAUUCGCGUUUAGAAAUGGCCCAUUUCAACAAGAAUCUCUCAUUUGCCUCAGUCGACUUGGGCAUUGUCAGGGAAAAGCGCCCUCAACUGACCAAACGCUUGUUGCGGGAUGUGUUUAGGCUGUUUGCUGAUACAGACGCCCAGUCAAGAUGGCCUGUCACUACCCUCCCCAUCUCGGAAGUGGAGUCUGGGUUCCGUGCUUUGCAGGGUGGACAAGUUAUUGGCAAAAUGGUUGUGCAGAUUACAGACGAUUCAAUGGUCAAGGUCCAUCCUGCUAGAAGAGACGAGAAUCUCCUCCAAUCAGAUGCCUCAUAUGUCAUCGUCGGUGGCACUGGAGGAAUUGGUCUUGACAUCGCUGGCUGGAUGCCAGAAAAAGGAGCAAAGAAUCUCGUCCUGGUUUCGAGGAGUGGUGCUUCGACUGAAAAUGCGAAGAAAGCCAUUGAAGAAAUCAAGCUGAAGGGCGUCAAUGUGGAGGUUUGUCGCUGCGAUGUUUCGGAUAAGCAAAGUGUAGAGCAGCAGCUUGUCCCGCUCCUCUCUCGCCUGCCUCCGGCCCGUGGUGUCGUGUAUGGUGCCAUGGUUCUCAGGGACACUUUGUUUGAAAAGCUCAGCUUCGCAGAUUACCAGACUGUGAUGAUGCCCCGAGUCCACGGAAUCUGGAAUGUCCAGCGAGCCCUAACAACCACCAACGCCCACAUAGACUUCUUCGUCAAUCUUUCAUCCGCAGCUAGCUUUGUUGGAAACAUGGGUCAGUCCCCAUACGCAGCAAGUGGAACUUUCAUGUCCGCGUUGGCGCAAUACCCCGAGACCGCCAAGAUGCGCUUCUCGACAAUCGACUUGCCGGUUGUUCGUGGUGUUGGAUACCUUUCCGACGAUUCUAAGCGCGCCGAAAUCACCAAGCAGCUGGGGACCGAGUCCGUGGAUGCAACCGAUAUCCGCGGUCUAGUGACAGCGGCCAUUCGGAAAGAGUUCGACGCCGCCUGUGGAGGACACUGCGUUGCCGGAUUCGAGGCCGUCAAAACAACACCGCUUUCAGAGCAGCCUUUCUGGGUCACCGAUACCAAGCUGUCCCACCUGCUCCGUCUGUCCACCCUCGCUGGCGAGGGUGCGGCGGUUGAGUCUGCGAAUAACGGCACCGAGAUUCCCCCUGCUUUCGCGAUCCGUCAAUCAAAGAGUCAUGAGGAUGCCACGGCUGUAACCGGGGCUGCCAUUCUUGGUAAGAUCUCGAGUAUCCUGAUGCGCCCCAUCGAGGAGUUAGAUCCUGCUGCACCCAUCUCGGUCUAUGGUCUUGACUCCCUUGUUGCCAUCGAGAUCCGAAACUGGAUCACGCGCGAGUUGGAAGCCAAUUUGCAGAUCUUGGAAAUUCUCACGAGUGAUUCCAUGGCCGCCCUUGCUGAAAUGAUCCUUGCAAAGUCAGGGAUCCUUACCCCGGAUUUGAAAGCCGAGUGGGGCCUGGAUGUUGCCAAGGAAUGA